AAGACGAGUGGUUUGAGGAAUUGGGGGAGGGUAAAGAGAGAGAGAGGAGCAGGGAGGGCUUUCUUUGUGGUACUAUACAGCUGGAACAGAGCAAGGGGUUACAAAACGCUGCCGUCUGUCGGAAUGUUGCACGCUACGUGGAUGUCUGGAGUCUCCAGACGUCCUUUCUCUUCUCUUUUACCACCAUGACCUUCUCCGCGCACUGUCGCCGCCGCCGCUCCGAGGAGUCCAUUUUGAAGAUGGAGAGGUCUACCUGCGCCACCCGAACCUGUGAUUUAAAGACAAAAAGUAGCACCGUGUCGGCGGGAUGGAGCAGAUGUCCGAGGAGGCGCUACGGCUGAACUUGCUGAAGCGAGGUCUGGAGUCGCCCAACGAGCGAGAGGAGGCCUUGGCCAAGCGCCUCAAGAUGGAGGGCCACGAGGCCAUGGAGCGCCUCAAGAUGUUGGCGCUGCUCAAACGCAAAGAUCUGGCCGACCUGGCGGCCCUGGAGGUCGCCGGGCCUCUGGGAGAGGCAAAGGGCCCCGGCGCCAGCGCGCUCCAUCAUCAGAGCCUCAUGGGCGCCGCCGCCGCUUUUGAGGAGAAGCUAAACGGCAGUCUGAGACUGGGAGGACACGGCGGAUCCGGCAAGAAUGGCAAAGAGAACAUCCUGGACGAGCCGGUGGACAUGAGUGCGGGACGCAGAUGCGACGCCGAGCACGACAGACGAACUCCAUCCCCGGACGUCAUCAUUCUGUCCGACAACGAGGCGUCCAGUCCCCGAGCGACGCCUCGCCUGGAGGAGCGCCUGAGCCAUGCCAACCUGGACAUGUUUAAGGGUAAGACGGGAGAAGAGAGACAGCAGAUGAUCAAAGCUCUGAGAGAGGAGCUGCGUUUGGAGGAGGCUCGCCUGGUGCUGCUUAAGAAGCUCCGGCAGAGUCAAAUGCAGAAGGAGAACGUGGUGCAGAAGGUCUCGGUGGUCCAGAACGCCGCCGCCGCCUCUUCCGGCCACUCUCCUUCCAUCCACGGCUCCUCUGGACUGGGGAAGCUUCCGGUACGGCCGGGCAUGCACAACCCGGAGCCCCAGAACCUCCGGACUGCACAGGGUCACACGGUCAUCAGGUCGGGAGCCAACGCCAACCUGGCACCGAUGCUCAUGUCCCAGCGAGUGAUCGCCCCCAAUCCUGCCACGUUGCAAGGACAGCGCCUCUCCAAACCUGCCAUGGGUCGCUCCAGCAUGGGCAACGCUGUUAGCUACCAGCAGGCCAGCCAGCAGGUGGCGGCAUCGCAGCGGUCUGGCUCCAGCGCCAUGUACAUGAACCUCGCCCACAUGCAAGCGGCGGCAGCGGCGGCGGCGGCCAGCGGGGUGGCGGGCAGCCUGGGCGGAGCUUCGGCCGUCAGCCCGUCCAAUCUGUCCGGCUCUGCCAGCGGAGGGGUGAAUUCCAUGGCCGACCAAGCCAGCAGCCAGGCCGCUGCCAAGCUGGCCCUGAGAAAGCAGCUGGAGAAAACGCUGCUGGAGAUCCCACCUCCCAAACCCCCCGCCCCACUCCUCCACUUCUUACCGUCGGCCGCAAACAGCGAGUUCAUCUACAUGGUGGGCCUGGAGGAGGUGGUGCAAAGUGUUCUCGACAGUCAGGGCAAGCUGCGAGGAACGCUUUCCCGCAUGGAGCCUUUCUUCUGCGCCCAGUGCCGAACUGAUUUCACCCCCCACUGGAAGCAGGAGAAGAGCGGGCGAAUCCUUUGCGAGCAGUGCAUGAUGUCCAAUCAGAAAAAGGCUCUCAAGGCAGAGCACACCAACAGGCUGAAGAAUGCCUUUGUCAAGGCCCUGCAGCAGGAGCAGGAGAUUGAACAGAGGCUGCAGCAAGCGGCCCUCUCGCCCAGCUCGGCCCCCAGCGGACCCAACGCCUCCAAGACUGACUCGCUGAUCCGACAUCAUGCUCUGCGCCAGGCUCCUCAACCUCAAGCUUCCAUGCAGAGAAGUCUGUCCAAUUCUGCGCGGGGUGUCCUGUCUAACUUCGCCCAGGCCUCUCAGCUGUCAGUGGCCAGCAGCCUGAUGGGGAUGAGCGCUGCAAAGCACUGUGGCAGCGGCGGAAGCGGCGGCAGCAGUAGCAGCGGCAGACUGCAGCAUGAUAGCCGGCGCCAGAUCUAUAACAUCCCAGGGUUAAAUAUCGCCUAUCUGAACCCAGCGGCAGUCGGUGCCCACAAGAGCUCCACCUUAGCAGACCGGCAGAGAGAGUACCUGUUGGACAUGAUCCCACCCAGAUCCAUAUCACAGUCCAUCACCGGACAGAAAUGAGCCCUUCUGAGGACACCCGAGCUGGGCCGGGCCGGGCCCUAUUGCCCUAUCGCCCUGUUGCCCUACCCCACAUGGAAGCACUCCACCAUCAGCCAAUACCUGGCCCCGAGGCCCCGCCCCCUCCCCUUCCUCCCCUCCAUCGCAUGCAGUGCCUGUCCAUGUGCCUACCUUCAACUGACCCAUUCAAAAGUCACGCAAAGACAAUAAAACGUCACCACAUCUCAAAUUCCAAUUAGCAUUGUUGCCAUUUGUAAUUCCCAUUCUUAUUGAAAUGCAACUCCUUUUUUUUUUUUUCUAUUAUCCAUUUUUUAAGUGUCAUUACAUGUUUCUCUGCUGUCAUUCCUUCACAUGAGGAAGUGACAUUGUAGGCCCCCCCCCCCUUUUUUUUUUGGAUGCUUGGAUUGGAGUGUUGCUAGUAACAGAAGAUCAACAGAGGGUGGUUACUAUGCAACGUCGGAGCUUGGUAGUAAAAGUUCUACCGUGGAGGACGCAGAAAUGUUUGGUUCCAAAUGGCUACGAUGGCACACACACCAAGCACACUGAGGACAGAGCAUCCCUCCCUCCCUCCCUC